AUGCUGCUCCCCAACGGUGCCAGCAUCGCAGUCACAAGAAGACGCGCGCGGCAGCAGUCACAACUGCGAUCUGAGCAAGAGCAGCCUCCAGACGCAAAGAUCAAGCGGCUUGCGUCAUGCCUCAAGUCUAGUAGACCUCUUCGGACUGCCCUGCGAUCUUCACUGGCAGCAAAGGCACCCGAAACACCUUCAUCAGGCCCUGCCCACAUGGCCUGUGCCGUUCAUGCAGCGCCUCAUGCAGAUCGUAAGGCACGUCCUCUUAACGGCUGGCGCCGCGGUUCUGGACUAGACCAAAAGACGGAGGGAGUCUGUCCACCAAACCACUGCAAGCAAAACUCCGUACGCACCGCGCAUGCGCCUGCCAGGCAGCUACCCAGCCGACUGCUGAAGCAGCAGCCGCAUCCGCAUCAACAAAGUCUGACUGGUCGAGCACCGACUCGCCAAGCCUUCAGGGGAGGUCGCCGCCUUAUUGGGCAUAAAGGGUGUGACGAAGGAAUUUCCCCUGGGGAGACGCCUCGGCUUGUCAGCGGUGCAAAGACAGCAUUCAAGGAGCCUCGAGUGUCCAGACAGCUCCUUCGCACCCGUCAGAAAGCGGAUAGCGAAGCUGCACUGCUGCCUCAGGAGCAGUCCUCGUGUUGUAUUGUGCCCCCCUACCACAAAUACCCCGUGCAUGCAAUUCACCUGCCCACUGCAACAGCGCAGAGGCAGGAAGAAGCCAUUCCACCGCCUCAAGUACUUCCAUCCCCCCACUCGCCAUUGCUGAGCGAACACGCGGAUGAUGCGACUGACGUUACACCAGAAAUCUUCGAGGAAGAAGGAGUUACAGCAGCAUGCAUGCUAAGGGGCUUUUGUUUUGAUGAGGGACGGACCCUCGCCGACGGGCUUCUCUGGGAGUGUGAGGAGGCGCUCAAGAAAGCUCCUCUCCCAUCUACUGCAGAGGCGGCAAGUGUCUCUGCUGCAACUUGCCCGUCUUUGCACACCAGCUCCCUCGCUAGCUUCGCAGGCAUCUCGGCUGCAACAGCAACAACGGCUACAGCUACUGCGCGCAGGAGACUGCUGCAACAAGUCUCUCUGGUUCUUAGCAGUAAUGCCUGUCUCGCCGCAGCCUCUACGCCGCUUCUGUUAAAGGGCAAACGCUCCACAGCUGCAGCAGCGGCUGCUGCAGGAGCAGCUCCACCGAAAGUGAGGGCACCCCCUCCCGCGACAUCCAGGAGUCGCACCAGCAAUGCGCGCAAGUCGGAGCAGCCUGACAGGGAGGGAGCUUCGAAGAGAGUGUCCUCUCUGACGACUCCCAGCAAGAGGAGUAGGAGUGGGAGCACCUCAAUCAAAAGCCGCAGAGGCAGCAACAGCGCCAAUAGGAGCAGCCUCCGGCUGCUGCGGCGACAAGAGGCAGCAGCGGCAGCGGAAACAGCUGCUGCGGCUGCUGCUGCGAUCCGCAGCGCGAGCAAUUCGGCAAAAAAACAGCGGCAGCAGCAGCAGCAGCAGCUAGAGCAGCAGCACGCACAACUGGAGUGCCUGCUGCAGGAUCUGCAACGGGAGACAGCGCAAAUCUGGUCGUGUGACGAGGAGCAGCCGGAGCUGGCUGCGCUGCCUCCCGAAGAGGCAGCUGAAGGCAUCCCUGGAUUUUUGCUAGAUUCUCUAUGUGUGUAG